AGGAGAGACCCUACUUAAACCCUAGACGGCGAGACGAAACGAAACGAAACGAUGGAGAGCCGUAAACCCUCCCUCAGAAACCCUAACGACAGUCUCAGCGUCAAAGCAGCUCCAUUCAAGAAGAAGCCGACGCCGACAGCCAACAAUGCCUCCUCGGACGGAAACGCCGAGAAGAAGAAUAAGAAGAUUAAGAAGCAGCCGAAGCAGAAGCUGAAGCCGCCGGACGAUGGCGGAGCCAACGAAACCGCUCAAAUCAAUGACGGCGAUUCGCAGCCAUUAACACCGUCGGAGCAGCUGAAGUUCUUCAUUGACCAGUAUCAAUCCGCCAACAACGUCCAGCUUUCCUCUCUCGAGCUCGAAUCGAUCAAUGAGACUUGCAUUUUGGAUUUGCCGGAAUGCUCGGAUGGAGACGAUAAAAGCUUGGGGAAACAAAUAAAGGUGGCUUUUGGCCCGUCAUGGAAGGAAGUGCUCUACGAAAAGGAUCUCGUGGGAGGAAAAGUUGAUCCAGGGAGCCCUGCAGUUCUUGUCAUUGCAACGUCAGCUAUUAGAGCAAUUGAAGUUUUGAGGGGUUUUCGGUCAUUGACAAAGGAAUGCAAUGCUGCAAAGCUAUUCUCAAAGCAUAUCAAAGUUGAAGAACAGGUAACCUUGUUAAAAAACCGUGUGAACAUUGCAGGGGGCACACCAAGCAGAAUAAAGAAGCUGAUCAAUAUAGAGGCAUUGGGCCUUUCCCGGUUAUCGGUGCUUCUUAUCGACUUGCAUGUAGAUGUCAAGGGCUAUUCCCUUCUAACACUUCCACAAGUCAGAGAUGAAUUCUGGGAUCUAUACAAGAAUUAUUUUCACCAACGAUUACUUGAUGGCAACACAAAGAUCUGCCUCUACGGCCCGAUACAAAGUAACGCCAAGUUUUUGCAUAAGAAAAGAGUUCCUAAGGACGAGUGAUAGUUCAUAUACAAGGCACGAGUAUUGCAAUGACAAAACAUCUGCCUACCUAGUCUCUAACAAAGCAAAGCCAUCGAGAAUUUGGAUGUACAGGGUUCCAGUGGCAGCUUAGCUCGCAAGAUUCUCUCUGCUUCAGAUUUUUCCUCAGGAAGUCCACAAGGUUUUGGGACUGGAGACUGAAAUAUUUUACGUAUAGCUUAUGCCGGAUACGAGAUAAAAUCUCAAGAAGAUGCGGCGAGAGCUUUUGUUGUAUGAGCAUUGUAAACAGAAUCUUAAUGUUCAACUCAUUAACAUUUAUUCUAUUUAUUGAUGGAUGGCAAAUUCCAAGCUUGCCAGUACUUUGUUUGGGACA